GCGUUUGGUUUCCAUACAUUUUCCUAAUACGCUGAGGCACCUUAGCCAUGAAGUCCAACCAAGUUUUUUUCAUCGCCUUAAGCUUUAUGGUGAUGGUAGCCUUUGUGCCUCUCGAAGUGGAGUCCUUUAAAGUCGAUCUCGAGAACCUCGCGGAUUGCCUUGAAGUAGGAAUUGCAGCUGCCACCACCUUGGCAUCGAGGGCCAUACCAUGUUUGAAGAAAACGGCAGCUUGUGCGAAAUUCAGGCCCUUGAAGACCAAGGAUUUGGAUGCUACUGGUUUGGCGCUGUUGGGCUAUCAAUACAUGCAAAAGGUGCUAAACAGCCAGCGGUGCCUGUUGCUAUCCUUAAAGGACGCUUAUGAUGCUUUGUCGCCACAUAUUAAUAAGAUUAUUAAUAUGAAGUGUGUGCCGUUCUCAAAUUAAUAUCACAGAGGUUAAAAUGAUUGAACCAAAUCACAGAGGUUAAAAUGAUUGAACCAAAUCAACUUUUUUGAGAAUGCACGAUCGCUAACAUAUAUACACAAAGUAACUCAGGGAUGAAAAUAAUACUUUUUCUUGGUCUAAAUGGCUUUCAUUUAUAUUUUCAUUUCUUUCAUUUAUAUUUAAACUUAAUAAAUACAUAUAAUGUUUGCUACCAGGGAA